UCUUGUAGAGGAGUUGCUCUGUCCUGCUUUCACCCAGGGAGCGGGCAGGGGAGAAGGUCGCUUCUUGUAGGUUAGGCCGCUCAUCCGGGAUCCGCCGUGGCAGUCGGGCUUCCGUUCCCACCGAAAGAGAAAGACCGGCACGAGCGAGCGUCAAAGGUUCGGGCCCUCGCCGAAGGAGCGGUUCCUCGGCCUGAAGGAGCCCUUGAGGGAAUUCGUCGGAGCCCUGUGUGUGUGAGUGUGUGCGCGCGCUGCCGCCGACCAGCGAGGCAGUUGGACGCACGCGCGCACGCUCGGUCUUAGUUGGGCGCGAGCCGAAGAAGAUUGGAAGAUGAAUAAUCUUUCUUUCAGUGAACUAUGCUGCCUAUUCUGUUGUCCACCAUGUCCAGGAAAAAUAGCUUCCAAGCUGGCAUUUUUGCCCCCAGACCCUACUUACACCUUGAUGUGCGAUGAAAGUGGGAGUCGUUGGACUCUACAUCUUUCCGAACGAGCAGACUGGCAAUAUUCUUCUAGAGAAAAAGAUGCCAUUGAAUGUUUCAUGACUCGAACCAGCAAAGGCAACAGGAUUGCCUGUAUGUUUGUGCGUUGUUCCCCGAAUGCCAAGUAUACCUUGCUCUUCUCGCAUGGGAAUGCUGUUGACUUAGGCCAGAUGAGCAGCUUUUACAUAGGACUUGGUUCACGGAUUAAUUGCAACAUAUUUUCAUAUGAUUAUUCUGGAUAUGGAGCAAGUUCAGGAAAACCAACAGAGAAGAAUUUGUAUGCUGACAUUGAUGCUGCUUGGGUAGCUCUUAGAACAAGGUACGGAAUCCGACCUGAAAAUGUGAUUAUAUAUGGCCAAAGCAUUGGAACAGUGCCAUCUGUGGAUCUUGCUGCUCGUUAUGAAAGUGCUGCUGUAAUUCUUCAUUCUCCUCUAACUUCGGGAAUGCGAGUAGCUUUUCCUGAUACUAAGAAGACUUACUGCUUUGAUGCAUUCCCAAACAUUGACAAGAUCUCCAAAAUAACAUCUCCAGUGUUAAUAAUCCAUGGGACUGAAGAUGAAGUGAUUGACUUUUCACAUGGCUUAGCUUUAUUUGAACGCUGCCAAAGGCCUGUAGAACCACUGUGGGUAGAAGGAGCAGGACACAAUGAUGUUGAGCUUUACGGACAAUACCUUGAAAGAUUGAAACAGUUUGUGUCACAGGAACUUGUGAAUUUGUAAACUGCUUUGUAUAGUUACAUGCUGGUGAAUUUCUUUGCAGAGCUGCAGAUCUUGAUAACCACAGCAUGAAACCUGAUGGUUUUGUUUUCAAAUCAGGUCAGUUGCCUUCAUAUGUGUACAGGUAAUGAUUUGUAAACAUAAAUUAAUGAAGGUUUUGAUACCAGUAUUAACUGGAAAAACAGAUGAGGAGGGCAAGCUUGUGUAGUUCACAUAUUUUGCGCAAGUUUUCUUAAGCUAUACAUAAGUCAAUUUGCAAGUUUUUCUUAAGAUGUACAAAAAUAAUAAAGUGAAAUUUUAUGUAAAAUCAGAUGCUGUAAAAGUGUUGCCAAAUGCUUUAGCAUAUCAGAAAGAAGGUUGUAUACAAUAUUUUUAAAACAUCUCAGAUUUUACUGUGACCUAUUCUGUUGCACAAGUGUAAUUGAAUCAGUUGUAAAGUAAAAAUAGCCAUUGCAUUUGAAGGAAUAUGAAAGAAGAAUGGAAAUAACCACUGGAACUUGCAGGCCCUGUCAUAGGGGAGCAAGUCAAAAUAAGAGUGUUAUAAUCUUUCUUGUCUUAUUCUUAAUGUUUCUCUUUUCCUGAACCAUUACUGGCUGAAAAAAACUAUUUGACCAUUGUUGCUUUGCAAAACAAAGACCUAAAAUCUCGAUUCUCUAUUAACAUUGUCCAUAUUAAAAUAACUAAAUAUCAACUUCAGUGGAUCAUUGGAAAUAAAUAAGAAAUCGAAAGAUAUUUUUAUGUGGCUUACUUGGCCAUUUUAAAAUCAUGUAAAGAAAGAUAACAAAAACUAAUAUUUGUCUGACUUUUUUUACUGGCAAACAUGCAAAGUUGCAAUUUGUCAUUUUUGAUUUAAAUGUUUGUAAAUGUAAAACUAAUUGUUUCAAUUAUUCUGAGAACUCAACUAAUGUACUCCUAUAUAGUGAAAACGAAUGUUGACAACUCUAGUAAAAUAAGUUGCCUUUCCCUUGAAUACAUCUUGCUUGAAUAAAAUAUAAACUAGACCUAAAAUGUAGCCUAAUUUGUUAACAAACUAAUACUCAAGUACACACUGUGCUUCGAAUUUUAAAGCCUUACAUAGUUUACUCUUUCUGCUCAUUUUUGUGAUUGUCCAGGAAUAUUGUAUAAUGUACAUAUUGUGAAUGCUUAGAUUUGAAUGUGUUCAGCCUGAAUAAGAGAAAUUCCAUACAGUUGAUACUCAGCUUUUCCUGCAAACCUUAACUGUAGGCUCUUGGUCAGCUUAUUCUCUGUGACACAAAAAAGCCAGAACAAUUCCUAAUGUGACUAAAACAUCUUGCCAAAAUCUGAUGGUUCCAUUCAUGUAGACAUGUGCUUCCCUUUUCCAGGUGUCUGUCCCAUGUUCAUCAUCCACAUCUACUUGACAGUUGGCUUUUUUCAAGGCAUUUUGUUAGUGUAUAAUUUUAUGCAAACUCAGUCUGACUUAUUAAACCCUUGAGUAACUUUGUUUUCUAAAUAAAGGACUGAACAUGGGUAAAGCGUUUUAAGCUUUGUCAUAGUGGAUGGCAAAUGUUUUUAUAGUUUGCAGUUUUCAUAGAUUGCAGUGUAUCAUCUGCAUAGAGUUCACUGUAUUGAAAUGAAAGCAUGAUGUACCACAUUUCAUAUUUUUCUCUCUAUCCUUCAGACCCUAUGUUGAGAGAGGAGGGAAAUCCUGCCAUUUUCACAAUAGCUUUUUUUUUACUCUGAAACACAUGAAGAUUUGUCCACAUAGUUCCCAGCAUGGGAGACAAUGUGUUGCAGAGGAGAAGAAAAGAAAGAAUAGCAUAUAAUAAAAAAAUCUAUCUUGUUAAAUACAUUGGUGUGGCUCUUCAUCUAGUCAUAAUACUCAUUCCAAUUCAUUAAUACUGUAAACUAAAUCUACACUGAUUUUGCUUUACACUCAGUGAGAUAUUUUGAUUUGGCUAAAUAUCAGUUUGGUAGGUUUCUUUACUAGCAAUGUAGAGAGAAGUCGUACAUUGGAUUGAGCCUCAAGAGUAAGGUUCAAAUCCCUGCUUUGCUAUGGAAACCUACUAUGGAAACCCACUGUAUGAUCUCAGGAAGGCAAAGGCAGGCAAAGGCAACAAACCUCCAGUGAACAAACCUUGCCAGGAAACCCCUGCAAUAAUGUUGCCUUAGAGUCUCCAAAGGUUGGAAACAACGUAAAGGUACAUAACAGUAUAAUAGAAUAUGCAUAGAUCCAUAACUAUGUGUCCAUAGAAAGCAUCACAGAACUUGCUGGAAUGCAAGUAGCAUUUUUAUAAACUUGAUCUAUAAAGCUUAAUAUUAUUUGGCUCUAUUAAAAUAGUUAGUUUUCCUUUAAGAAAAGGUGAAAUCUGCUUAAUAAUAACUUGCUUCAGUGCAGUGUAUUUAAUUAUUCAGUCCUUCCAGAAAAACUGCUAAAUUUUCAAAUAUCUCAAUGUUGCAUCCCUGACACAUUGUUUCCAAAUCUCUUUUUUUAACUAAAUGCCAUAAUAAAGGGAACUCAGUUAAUACUAUUUUUUUCCAAAUGAAAAGCUACUAUAGCAAGGGUUAACUUAAUUGUGUCAGUACAUAUACACUUGCAUUCUCUCAAUGCACUGUUGAACUGCAAUUCCUAUCAUUCUGCCAUUUAUUAGGCUGGUUAGGGUUUCCUGGAUUUGCAGUUCAACAGCAGCUGUUGAUCCAGACUUUAGGGGAAGGAAGGCUGUCAGGCAUAAGAGCAAAACAGGCUGUCAGGCAGAGUACUACCUCAAACCAGUCUUGUCACUUUUAGGAAAUUUCAAACUCUAUAUUUGAAAGUGUGCUUCAGAGAUUAUUAUGGAUGGGUUGCAUUAUAACAGCCUAAGCCAGGCAAGAAUACUGUAAACAAUACAGUGAUAUGAGUAGCAACAUACCUGCUACUGGAGCUAAAUACGUUGCUUACUCUUAUUCUCUGUAGGUAAAUUUUUUGUAGACUUUACCUCUUCUACAUGCCUUUCCAAUUUCUUUUGGCUUAACAUUCCCAUUGGCACCAUACAUGUUCAGUUGAUGAAAUCAUGGAAGUUGUAAUCUACAUCUAGAAGCUUCAGGUUGAGGAACAUUGCUCUGUUUUGAUUUUAGAUAGAAGCACUAUGGGGAAAUUGAACGAUUACUGUAGGAUCGGUCUAGCUGUAUCAACACAAGUUAGACAUUGUGUCCAUGUUACAGAAUAUACUUGAAAGCAGUAGGGGUGAAUUUGCCUUGCAGCAUUGUUUGAAGUUAGAGACAAGUUUUCCCCUGAUUCUAUCUCACAGAUUUUUAUCAGCGGGAAAGAGGCAGGCUAUAGUUCCUGAAUAUGGCAGUAAUAGUGUCAAAGGCCUUUGUAAUACAUACUUUCCCCAUUUAUAUCAGGAGAAACGGACCAUGGAUAAUUCCCAGUGACAUGACCAAUCGGCCUUCUGUGAGAAUUAAAUGAUGCUUUCUGGUAAUUAAGGGACAAUUUUUGAAAACAAAUUGACUUAUGAUCAGAAAACCAUUUUUAAUUUUUGCACAAUGCUUUUGGAUGGGUGAUAUCGAAUUUCAUAUGGCCUUUUUUGUCUAGACCUAAAUAUAGUUUUUAAUAUUUUACUUACAAUGGAACUUUGCACUGACAUUAAAGUUGAGCCCUGCUAACAUCCUGUGCAAGAUGCACAGUGUUACGUAUUACCAGAUUCUGGUUCUCUGGGACACUUUAUAGGGCUGCUAGUGGCAAUCAAAAUAACUUAGAUUGCUAAGCAAGAAGCCAUUGACCAAAAAAGUUGUCAUCCUUAUUUUGGGCUUAAUGCUAAAAGGCAUGGGGCAUGGAAAGGAGGGAAACAGCAAGGCUGUCAGGCUUGAGAACAAAAAGGGUACAGGUUAUCAGGCAAAGUACUACCUCAGACCAGUCUUACCACCUUUAGGAUAUAUUGAACUCUAUAUUUGGAAGUGUGCUUCAGAGAUGCUUAUGGAUUUGUUGCAUUAUUACAGAGCCUAAGUCAGCCAAUGUGAGAUAGAGUAUUUCCAUUUUUAAAAAACAAAAAACACAGUAUUGACUUAACGUGUUUGCUUCUGUUCCUUCCCUUCUGUUAAGAUUGGGUUACUCCAAAAUCAGGUCUAAGUAUUAGCUGCUGUUAACUCUGUUUAAAAAUUCUGCUAAUCAUUGUUCUUUAAGCUGAUUCAAAUAAAGGCUAGCUUUUGACUAUA